AUGAUUGGUGCUGACUUGUUUUGGUAUGUUCUAAGUAGUGAACAAAUUUCUUUAGGUAAAAACGUUCCAGUAUUGCAAAAUACAAAGUUUGGGUGGAUUGUUACAGGACCAUUGGGUAAAAUUCAGCAGAAUGAUUUAACUAGUUGUAAUUUUGGUUCCACAAUUGAACAGCAGAUACAAGAGGAUCUAAAGAAGUUCUGGGAAAUCGAAUCUUUGGAAUGUAGUGUUAAAGGUUUUUCUCAAGAGGAAAUAGCUAUUGAAAAGCAUUUUAUUGCAAAUACCAAACGCAAUGAAAAGGGUGAAUUUAUUGUGCGAUUACCAUUAAAAAUGGAUAUUAGCAAAUUGGGAAGUUCUCGGGCACAGGCUACUAAAAGGUUUUUAAGUUUGGAAAAAAGGUUGUUAAAAGAUAAUAAUAUUAGUUUUCUGUAUCAUGAUUUUACUCGAGAAUAUAUACAAUUGGGGCACAUGACAAAAAUAAAUAAUUCAAAAACUGAUAUGUCAUUAGAUUACUUUAUGUGCCAUCACGGAGUUUAUAGACAACAUGCAUUGACAACAAAUUUGAGGGUUGUUUUCGAUGCCUCUCUACCAAGUAGCACAGGAUAUUCAUUGAAUAAUAUUCAAAUGGUUGGGCCUAUUAUCCAGCAGGAUUUAGUAUCAAUAUUAAUGCGAUUUACGCAACAUAGUGUUGUUUUUGCUGCUAACUGCAGUAAAAUGUAUCGAUCAGUUUGGGUAGCUCUGGAAGAUAGAGUUGUACAAAAAAUUCUUUGGCGAUUCAACACUAAUAGUACACUAGAUACUUAUGAGCUCAACACUGUAACGUAUGGUACUGCAGCAGCUUCGUUCCUGGCAAUUCGUUGCUUGUUUCAAUUGGCUUAUGACAUUGAAAAUGACUAUCCAGUGGUUGCAAAUAUUAUAAAAUCCGACUUUUACGUGGAUGACCUUUUGACCGGUUUUGAAAGUAAGGAAGAUGCAAAACAAAUAAUUUCCUUAAUAAAUAAUGUUUUAAAACAAGGUUCUUUUGUUCUUCGUAAAUUUUAUUCAAAUGAUCCAUCUGUGUUAGUUAAUAUACCCCAUGAUGAUCCUUUAUCUAAAAUAGUGGAGUUCGAAGAAAAUGAUAAUAAAAAAACACUUGGGUUAAUUUGGUGCCCCUCCCAAGAUAAAUUGAUGUAUAGUGUUAAAGAAGAUUUUAGUUCCUCUGUUAUUUCUAAACGUACAAUUUUGUCUGAAAGCUCUAAAGUUUUCGACCCUUUGGGACUAGUCAGUCCAUGCAUUAUUAUUGUGAAAAUGCUGUUACAACAUCUUUGGCUUAAGAAAUUGUCUUGGGACGAUCAGGUUCCACAGUCCAUAGUCCAUACAAUUUGGAAAGAGUUUAAAAGUCAACUAGUAUGUUUAAAUGAAUUAAGAAUUGAUCGUCAUGUUGUUUGCCCUAAUUAUCAAUAUGUUGAAAUGCAUUGCUUUUCGGAGAGUUCUGAAAAGGCUUAUGGUGCAUGUAUUUAUUUAAAAUCUUUAGACAUAGAAGGGCAAGUUUUUGUUAAUUUGUUAACUUCAAAGGCGAAAGUAGCUCCAUUACAGUCUAUUUCCUUGCCGCGUUUGGAAUUGUGUGGUGCAUUGACGUCGGCUAGAUUGGCAAACAAAGUUUCAAAAGCGCUAAGACUUAUUGUUGUAAGACGAGUUUUUUGGCUGACUCAACAAUUGUUUUAG